CACGCGCACACCCUCGGUCAGAGUGGCUCUUUGCUUGCCCCUCUCCCCAUCACCACCGUGCGCGGGCUGCACACUCACGAGUCUGCAAGUGCUCUCGUCACUGCUGCUCUCAGAUCGCCACUCCAUGCAAGCUGCCCUUGCGAUCAUCAGCCUCGGCUGGGCUUCAGCUUGACGCUGCUUCCCCUCUUCGAAACAUUGGCGGCAGCAGCGGCGGCGGCGGCGGCAGCAGCAGCAGAGGGGGGAGCCGGCACAAAAUGUCCAGCUUGUCCAGCUACCUCAACGCCUUUGUUGCCGUUAUUGUCGUCUACUGGCUCUACGCAGCUUACGCUCAUCUGCAGCAGAGAGCCAGACAGUUGGAGUAUCACAGGCAACGACGUAGGGCUGCCGGUAUACCCGACACUGACAAGCGCGAAUUUCACAUUGCCGCAGCAGAUGCUAUUGCAAGGAGGAGGUCGCAUCCGUCUGCACACCUACAGCAGCAGCAGCAACGACAACAACAACAACAACAACAAUCCCGCUCGCACUCCAAACCUCCUGCUGCCACCGCUGUCGAGUCAGCGCAUCGCCAUCCGCAGAUUCUCGAGCAUCGUCAGCGUCGUCCAGGCCAUCAUGCAGGACUGCAGCCUCAUCCACCGCCUCCCUACACUUCGCGUUCUCCCUCUUCCUCCCGUCAGAUCAUGCCUGACGUCGAUGUGACUCGAGCACCUGCCGCCAGGGACUACCCGCAAGGUGAUCCUCGCAGGUACGCUCCCGCGCACCGCGCUGCCAAUCGCAAGCGUGCAGCUCAAGAAGAUGAGGAGGACGAGGAAGCCGACGAGUCCGGCGACGUCUCCGCUCAUCUUCGUCGCGCAUCAAAGCUUCCCCGCAAGACUCUCCUCGACGGAGAUGCAGACAUCGAUGGCGACAUGGCGGUGGAUGAUGCAAAUGUCGAAAUGUCACAAGUGCGCGGUACGGGCGACGCCCUGUCGCGCGUCCUUCAAGCUGUACCGCGCGUGGGCCAAGCAGCUAUCGUGACGCGCAAGAGGUCGGCUGAAGACUCAUCUGACGAGGAUGAGAGCGACGAGGAAGAUGGAUUUGCCAGAGACGAGCUCGGCAAGAGUAGCCGCAAAAAGAGGCGCGGUCAAGGUCUCAUCCCCGAAAAUGAUGAUAUCGACAUCCACGAUGCAGACUACGAAGAGGCUGACAGCGGCAGCGAAAAUGACAGCGAUGAGGAGAUGCUAUCGGUGGAGGAGCCGGCCGCAGAGCAGGAUCGCGACGACGACCUUGACGACGACAUGUUUGCAACCGGCUCUGAUCAACAGCGCGUCGCGUCUGGCGACGACGCUUACAUGCGCGACCAUGACGAAGAGUCAACAGAUGGACAGCGCCGCAGUCUGUCCGACGCUCAGUCGCGCUCGAGGUCGAGGAAAGCAGCAUCAUCAAAGAAUCGAGGAUCUCGAGCCGCUUCUUCGACCGUUGCAGUACCAUCUGCUGGAGCGCAAGCCGUACGCAAGCUGGCCCGCAAGUCUGCAGCGCAGAGAGCAUCUGCAGGUGCACCCGCGACCUACUCUCCCAUCAAAGCUAGUCCGAAAGCUGCGCGCAAACGCAGUCCGGACAUGUCAGAUGACCAUGCGAUCGGGGAGGAGUGGACGGACGAAAAUGGUUUGAGGUGGAGGAUCGGCGACGACGCCACACGUCGUAGAGCAGCCGUGGUAGUGGAAAUGCGUUCGAAGCACAGCAUGCCAAAAGGAUCCAAACAUCCCGAUGCGUUGCUGAAGGUGCCCGUGCACGUAGAGCGUUUUGUCACAGAGAAAGAGUACAACGAGCUUGCUGCUCAGAACAAGCUCUCCUGGCAAGAGGCCGAGAGGGAAGAAGCGCGCGAAGAAGCACGAAGAGAGGAGCAAGAACGCUCGGCGAAAGAAAGGCGAGCUGAUGAGGAGCGCAAGAUGCGGACCCCGAAAAAAUUGGCCGCCAUCUACUCUCAGCAGUCUAGCGGUCACUCGCUUUUCCGUCCGCCUCAAGAACAACCUCGACGAUCUGGAGAGUUCUCACGCGCUUCUUCCUUGUCGCGAUCUGGCUCGUCUGCCAGUCUUCACAAUUCCAUGCGCGAGAGUCAAGACCGCUCGGCGUCCAUUUCCAAAGGCCGAAUCUCGCUGUCUGGAGCUGCACCCAGCCACGGCUCAAGCACGCCUUUGCGUGGUCGCCUGAGCGGUAGGGGCAGUACGCCCUUGAGGCAUAGCACCACCUCAGAUGAGAGGCAACGUCGCGCCGAUCAGCUGCUCAGCUCGCUCGCGCGAGAUGUCGAUAGAGGUGCUGCUGCCCCGGCCGGCCCUGCAACGAAAAGUGGCAGUCUCUUGGCCGCUUCAAGCACCAAUGGCAAGCCCGCAGAGGUGGGAGAGGCCAAACCGCAGCAAGCACCUACACAGAGCGAUGACAAGGCAGCAACACCUGCGACGGUGACCAGCACUGCCCCACCUGUCGUCUUCAAAUUUGGUGCAUGAUCGACAUGUCGCUAAUCUCAGCCUACGCAUCAAAUACGAAAACAGAUAGCUUUCUCCGACGACUUUACCCGCACCUCGUCAGCAUGUAUGCCCACACUUAGGCCCCGCACCAAAUCACAUCAUAGUCACAUUCGUGCUUGCUAUGCGCAUACAUCCGCGCUCGGGGUGACGCUCCAUUACUGACACGUUGACUUGCGAUCUCGAUCGUGAGGGC